AUGGCGUAGGCAGCCACAUUGAAAGCGUAUAACGGGCAUAAAAUAGAGUAAGCUUGUAUUCAUAAUUCCCUUCUUUCUGCAAGAAAACAUAUGAUGGUCAUUCAGUGAAACGUACCAAACGUACACGGGCUAAAAACCAACAGAAACGCACAGAGCGCGUUUCCCACCUUUCAGCUUGAUCUGAGGUACUCUGUGCAGAAGGCUCCCUGUGCAGACGGUGUGGAUGCUGAAGUUUGCAACGUAAGACAGCGUUGGAGCAGGCCAGCUGUUUGAGCAAAAAGCCUAAAUAUGGUGAGGCUGGAGCUUGACCAGGUGGUGAUAAAGAGGAUGAAGGAGGAGGACAUCGAAAUUGUGAAAGCCCUUAUCAAGGAGGGCUGCGAGGGCACGGAAAAUCGUCUCAUCCUCCACAUCCUCACUCGCCCACUCUGCCUUUUCAUCCUGGCUGUGUUUUCCUCAAUUCUGCGCUGCCUUGUCCACUCUUUCAUCCUGGCCCUUGCUAUACCUGUCUUCCUGUUAAUUGUCUUUCUCAAAAUCACCAUGCCGCGGUCAACCGGGGUCCUGGGCAGCAGCCGGCCCUACUGGGACUAUGUGGGUAGCAGCUACAGAGAGGCACAGGAUGACACCCUGCAGAAUCCCUACUGCCGGAUCAGUGGCAAGACACCAUUUACAAAAAAGCCAAAGCGCCGAGCUGGAUCCAAAGACAAGGACAAAGAGACGACAACAGAAAAGAUCACUCCAGAGAGGGAGCAGGCAGCAGGGCAGGUCUGGCUGGCAGAGUGUGAGGGAGAUAUCCUGGGCUGCAUCUUCCGGGAGGGCGAGACACGAGCGGGCAUCAGCAGGAUUUGCAGGCUGGUGACAGGCUCCUGGUACCGCAGGGAGGGCCUCGGUCGGCUGCUUGUCCAAAGCCUGGAGCAGAGAGAGAGGGACACAGGGGCACACAGAGUGUAUGCACACGUCCCCUACCCCUCAAAGUUGGGGGAAGCCUUCUUCAGGAAACUGGGUUAUCGCCAGCUUGGGGUGGAAACUAGUGAUGAAGAUGAUAUGGAACUGAAACAAGAGAGUCCUGAGAGAGGCUUCCUGGGCUACCCCCUCACUAAAGUGUAUUACAAAGACUUGUGAUCGAGUUUUAAUGGACACGUGCAGUUUAAAAGGUAAAGAAGUGCGUCUGAUUUCUGCGGCAGCAUGUUCAAGUAUUUCAUUUUUGUAAUCUUUGUGUUAUUUAUUCGAUUAUUUAUUGAGUGUGCUGCUAUCCCGAGGAUUCAUUGUUUUGAGUUUAUUUUUUAUCAUCUCGUCAUUUUCAUUUAGAUGAAAAACGGAUUCUUUAUUUAAUCAUUCAAAGAUUGCAUGAUCAUGCCUCAGCUGUGCUGUUCUCUGAGCAUUUGUAAUAAAGUAAUA